AUGAGUGACAACCAGGAAAACACAGACACCGAGGACACGACAGCGCCCGGGAGAGCGACCUUGCCACUCCGGCCGCCGUGCGAGCGCCUCUCCUGCCAUAAGAGCAGCGUGUGCUCCCGUUCAUACUUUGUGGUGGUGAUGGUGUUUUUUCACGUAUACAUCAUCAAUGUCAUAGGACUGUUGUUUUACGUGCACUACAGCAGCGGGCAGGACGAUCACACACGCAGUCAUGAUGCUCCCAGUGGUGACCAGCAGCGCCCCGAGGCUCAGCGUCCGCCAUCAAAAGCCGAGUUUCUGCGUGAUGUUUCCCUCACACGCAUCGAGGGUAUAAGGGUAGGACAUGUCCAGAAGGUGUCAUUAGUGCCAGAUAAAGUGCAUGAAAUGCGAACUCUGAGUCUGAAACCUUUGCUGUUUGAGAUCCCAGGGUUUUUGUCAGAGGAUGAGUGCCGUGUCGUGAUGCAACUGGCGCAGCUAAAGGGUCUGAUGGAGAGCCAGCUAAUGGUGCAAGAUGGCCAGGAAGAGCUGGCCAAGGAGCUCAACCUCAGCCCAGAUGAUAUCUUCAACCUUCUUGACAUCAACCAGGACGGACAGUUACAGCUCCAUGAGAUACUGACUCAUUCUCGAGUGAGAGAUGGCAUCUGGCUCACCCCAGAGAAUCUGAGAGAAAUCUAUGCUGGGCUCAAAGCUGAUAAAGAUGGUAACGGUUUGCUGAGUUUAGAGGAGUUCAGGCUUCUGAGCAAUGAUGCCUUCCAGCGCUUCUUGCUGCAGCGAGGGGUGAAAAGGAGUCAGCUGGUGAGGAACAGCAGACACACCUGGCUGUACCAGGGCAAAGGAGCUCACCAAGUCCUCCAAGACAUCAAGGCGAGGGUGACUCGCCUCACUCAGCUCCCAUCUUCAUUAGUGGACCUCAGCGAGCCGCUCCAGGUGGUUCGCUAUGAAGAGGGAGGGCACUACCAUGCCCACCAUGACAGCGGUCCUGUCUAUCCUGAAACUGCCUGCACACACACACGUCUUGCUGCCAAUACCUCUACUCCUUUCGAGACAUCUUGCAGGUACAUCACUGUUCUCUUCUACCUGAACUCUGUUGAGGGGGGCGGGGAGACCGCAUUCCCUGUGGCAGACAACAGGACCUAUGAUGAAGUGUCUCUCAUACAGAAUGAUGUCGACCUUUUGGACACCAGGAGGAAUUGUGACAAGAGUAACCUAAGGGUGAAGCCUACCAAAGGGACAGCUGUUUUCUGGUACAACUAUCUUUCCGAUGGAAGAGGUUGGGUUGGAGAGCAGGAUGAAUAUGCCCUGCAUGGAGGCUGUGUGGUCACCCAUGGCACAAAGUGGGUUGCCAAUAAAUGGAUCAACAUUGAUCCAGAUUACCAGCGACAAGCUCGCUACCAGCAGCUAGUGUCACAGCAGCCAGAGGAUGAGGAUGAUGAAGGUCUGACUCUGAACCCUGACACACAGAGUUCCGAUAUCCAUCAAGACUUGUAG